CAUCCGGCUCGACCUGACGUCCACCAUCCCGCUUACUCGGCCCCGUUGAGGCGUUCGGUUACCCUCACCACCUCGUCAGUACGCAAAGCACAGGUGCCUCAACCUCAGUAUGUGCGCCGGCGGGCGCUUAGCUUCAAGCAUCUCCCUCUAAUCCGGGCUCAACCCAUCCAACACCAUGACUGCAAGUCGUAUCGACAUCUUCACUGUUCGCUUUCCCGACCCGUCAAGCCCAAGCUUCAACGACGACCAGAGAUGGAUCACUCUCCCGACCAACGUUUCCUUUCGAUACCCCAUAACGGACAAUAUACAGACGCUGUCUUCCAAAAACGCUGGUUAUGAUGCUAGUGGUAUCCUCUACGUCCCAGAGCUUCGGUCAGACGAGUGCAAGAAGUCGGAAGAGGCGUACGUUCCGGCCAACGCGACACGUUCCCGUAACCUACCCUCGAGCAAUCCGGGCAUACCGCUCAUUGCGCUUGCCCCGUGGUUCUCGCCGACAUGUAUGAAGGAAUAUCUUGAAAGCGUGAGAAAAGACAGCGUACGGGUUUUGUUCGUGUUUCAGCCCGGAACGGACCGAGCCAUGCCCCCUCCAAUGGCAGAUGCGUCAUGGGGCCUCGGAGACGGUGGAGCUUGGAAGUCCGCCAAUGAUUUCCCGACCUAUGCUAUCAAUGCCGCCAGUGGCAGUGUGAUCCUCGCACAAAUGACGCUUUAUUCUGGCAACCUCAGCGAAGUACCGCAUGGUAAGGACCUGUCUUCUGCGCUCGAUUCGACAGACUACGUGCGGCUGUGGGCGCGUGUGGAAACAGAUGCAGUAAAUAGACUCCCUAGCUUAUGGGUCUUUUUAAUCAUCGUACUGGCAAUACUCAUGACCAUAAUCGCAGCAACUUCCUUGACUAUGCACUGCGUUCAGCGCAGACGGCGGGAGGAGCUUCGCCGACGUGUGAUCAAUGGGGAAAUCAACCUCGAAGCGGUCGGGGUCAAGCGUUUGACGGUCCCACGAGAGUUCCUUGAGAAGCUUCCAUCAUACACUUACUCGGCCCCAGCCCACGAUUCUGAGAAUACCAUGCCACAGCUCCCUCCCAGUGUUCUUUUGGCUUCUUCGACGGGACCCGAUUCCCAGCCCACGGCUGGCGCGCGUCCAUGGAUGCGGUCUUCUUCCGCCCCCUCUCUAUCAAGAGCAGACGGACAAUCUCCCGCUUUCUCGCAGCCUUCUUGUCCCAUAUGUCUGGACGAUUUCGAAUCGAACGAGACCCAAGUGCGCGAAUUACCAUGUCGACAUAUUUUCCAUCCCGACUGCAUUGAUCCGUAUCUACUCAAUAAUUCGUCCUUGUGUCCAAUAUGCAAAGAGAGUGUCAUGCCUAGCGGCUAUUGCCCGACGAGAAUCACCAAUGUAAUGGUGCGCCGAGAACGGAUGCUGCGUCGGGCAGGAAAUCGACGUCCAUCCGGUCCGGCCUCGUCUCUGGGCCCCUUGUCCAGCCCCAUACAUCUUGGAUUGCUCGGAAGCCGAAUUGGCGGCGUCAUUUCAGGCAGACGGGUAUUCAGCGCACCGGAUCAUAGGCGGGCACGAUCAGACGAAGAGAUGGCGAUCUCCAACGCUGCUCCACUGUCAACCGACGCAGCUCCUGGAACCGCGACAAGCUCUGGAGCGACACCACUGUCAGCUCGAUCGGACCCCGGAUGCGGGGAGAUUGACCAUGAGGAACGGCGAGAGAGGGCACGAGAACGGGCGUUGACUCUUCUCGGUAAUCGCCACGUUCCGUCAGGGGACGAGGAUGAAGAGGCUAGCGGUCCUUGGUGGAGAAGAGGGUUGAGGAAAGUGUUUCCGGGAUUUAGGUGAAUCAUAACGGGCGAGAUCUCCAUGGCUCUCCCCGCUAUAGUGUAUCAUUCUUUUGAUCUGCGUUUCCUAUCUUUCUUCAUGGUUUCUUCAUCAUCCAUGUCGAUUCAGGGUUGGCGUUAUUCAGCUUGGGGUGAACGGAGCAACUCGGGUGGCGAUGGCGUUCAUUCUGUCAAGGGAACGGGAGCGUGUCUUUGCUCGUAUUUCUUACAGUCAGUCUUUGCGCACAUCUGCGACUUCAUUUCCUGUAACUUGUAUUUCAAGCAUGCUCAUACUGAUAAUUUAUACUACUCGUUCGCUACGUCACCUCACUGUUGGGAGAAAUGUAACUCCCGCACCUUUUUGUCUUUCUCCCUUCAUGCUUGUUCAAAGCUAAUUUACACUAUACAGCAAUACCGUACUCCUAUUCAAGAUACUGGGCAUUAACUG